UCUGAAAAGGCUCACAACUCACAACCCGUUGAAAAUAUUCUCUGGCGACGAAGAAAACUUCAUCGCCAACCUUGAAUGAAGUAGCGAAGUCUAGCACGUCAUCAUCCAGCAAUGAAACUGUCAGCUGCACGAUUAGGCAUGGCUGUGUCUGCCGUUCUCUUUCUUCAAACACAAGCGGAGGACUUCCUGACGUCGGCCAACACGCUUCCAGGAAUGAGUUGGUUGCAGGAAUUAGCCUCCGGAACCAGCAAUAAAGCGCAUUCCAGGAAGAAGAGAUUCGUCCAGUUACCAAAAGGUUCCAGCAUGGAGGUCAAAUGGUCCCUUAACUUGCCCUUCGACACCUACUCCGAUUACAAGUCGAAAUUUCAGUUGGCAUUACCCAUCAAGAUUCCCUUCCCAGCGGCCCUCGUGGCCUCCAGGAGCCUGGAAGGCAGCCCGGAUUACGUGUCGACGGAUGACUUCAACCAUCAGGUAUACGACUACAGCAAUGACAUCACGCUUCACAAAAAGCAGCGAAGGGCAGCUCGGAUGGAGAGAACUGUCAUUUACAACACCAUAGAAGGAGCUAUUGAACAGAUCGGAAGCCACGGACGUCAUUGUUUGUUGAGGGCAAUUUGUGACGUCGCAGAAGCACCGUUUGACCAGGGCAUUUUAGGGGAUAUAAUAAAUGCCCUUUUGACAGCUUCAAUUGCCGGUCGUCCAGUGGACCCGGAUGAAGGCCCCGAAUACGACACGUACAUCGAAGCCGAACUGCAUGGAAAGCUGAAUGGAAAAUGCGAACAGCGGUACUACAAAUGCUUGGUAUCUCCCUUCGACCUCAUCCCGAAGUUUUUGGAAAUGUUGGCAUAGGGAACGCAAAAAGCUACGCUGUAACUUUCACGUCUGUUUUGUCGUUCCUUGAAAAUAUUGUUCCUCCUUUGGAAGGAUUCCGAGAAUCCAUUCCAAUGUCCACAACUACUUCCGUUCCUGACGUCAGCCUAUUUGAUUUAUGUUUAAUGUGUGAAAGGCCUUGGUUUUAUAUUUAUUUAUGUGAAAAUGCAGUAUACAUGCGCUGGUAAAUGGAUAAGAUGUAAAUAAAAGAAAAAAUGCAAAGUAGGUUAAUCAGUGUUCAUUUUUGUCAUGGAUCUAAAUACUUGUUAUUUUGAAUGCCAUCGUUAUUAUUAUAGUUAUUUCUCUCAUCAUCACGAUCAUGAAAACCCCAACCUCAUUUCAUAACCAGUAGAAUCUCUCAAUAACGGACCAUAUUUACUGGUUUUCACUAGACAUCGGGCAACCACAGUUGUCAGGCGAGCUGUGAUACGGCAAGAUGCUUCCCUAAUUUUGUGUGACCUGGAUGAGACAGCCAGGGGUAAAUAUAGGUGCUAUUUAGUAGUGCGUGCGUGAGGCAAAGAGGGUCCAGAUGCUAAUUAGCAGAACGUUCUGCGAAACAUCUCUCUCUCUCUCUCUCUCAUGAUGAAUCUUUAAUCUCAAUCAUCGUCUGCACGAUUGCUGUUUAUAGACUAUCGGGCAUCCACCGUGAUUGUUCUCUACAACUCGUUUACAUGUAUUUUCAGUUUAUUUUGUGCAGUAUUCAUGUUUCCUCUUUGAUGAGCUUGUGCAUUCUUUUCCUAUCCUCUUAUUUUAAUAAAUCUCAGGUCACGCAUAUCCAAGAACAUCAUGAUAAUAUAGUUUAUAUGUUUUUAUAUAGGAACCAGUUGGCAUCAAUCAUUUAUCCUCUAAAGUGUCAACAGUAUGUUAAAAGAGAAUUUACUGAUGAUAUCUGGUGCCAGCACAGACUACCUAAGACUAAAUUAAACACUUUCUGAUGAU